CAAUUAACAAAAAUGUACAAUUAAUGCCAACGGACAUUAAACAGUCAAUGCUUUACAACAAUUUAAUUCAUGCUGUAUGUAUUCAUCGUCGAGCUAUGGAUUCAGCCAAUAUUCUAACGAACAGUUUUUCGGUGUUCUAUAUCGUGUUAUUAGUAUGUUCUGUGGCUUUGAUGAGUCUCAGUUUCUGCAAUGUAAUUAAUGCAUUAACAUCCUGGGAAAAAUUGGAUAUAUUUCUAAGCAGUGCAGUGAUAUUUAUAGAAUUAGAUUGCGUUUUCCUGGGAAAUUAUGUUGGUCAGAACAUUAUAGAUAGCAGCACUGCCAUAUCUCAAGCGACAUAUAAUGCACAUUGGUACGCUGCGCCAUUAUGUAUGCAAAAGUUAAUACCACUCAUAAUACAAAGAAGUAACAAACACAGUGUUUUAACAGUUGGAGUUUUAUUUGACGCGUCGUUAGAAGGUUUUGCUACGCUUCUAAGUACGUCCAUAUCCUAUGUUAUGGUUCUUCAAUCCAUGGGAACACACAUCGAAAGCGAAAAGAAGUAAUAAUUACGUUUUAGGUAUCCGAGUUGUAGGACUAGGAUAUGUACAGUACAUUUUACGUGUACUUUUCUACAUAUUCAUUAAUAAAUUAAAUCAAACUAAAUAAUAAUACAAUGCAUUUUUUAAAUUAUUGCUAUUGUGUCAUAGAUUAAGACAUAUUUUUGGAUUACUUUUUAUCUUCCUUUUCCAUUAUUAACAAUAAUAUCAAUUAAACAUAUCUUUCUAAUAUAAUUUCCCUUUUUCGGUGCACAUAUUUAAUAUAAUUUACUUUUAUAUUUCUUCAAUAUAACAUAAUAUGAUAAAGCACUAAAUAUAUAAUACAUAAAACUUAAUGCCGCCUUCAUGAUUCAACACUUCAAUAGCCUGAGCGCAAAUAAAGGCUCACUAGCAAUCCUUGAGGAAAACUCAACAAGGCGUCCGCGUGAGAAGAGGAUAUUUCAG